UGAAGUAAUAAGUGGUGCGGUACUAUGGUGUCACUCAGGUGCUCGUGCGCCACAUCGCUUUAAAUAUUGUCCUGAGCAAGUCCUGAGCUCGCUGGAUGUUGUGCCAGUCUAACCCUGAUCUGUUAACCACCGACGCACCACAACAUGAACAUGUUUCUGCUUGGGAGCGCAGUACCAAAUUGCCGUAUGAUCCAUUCGCAUCCGCUGCGGUUCUCACACACAAAUCUAUCAAGUGCCCUUACUGUUACCAGACUAUCCUUUCGCAUAUGUCCUUUGUGCCUCAUGGGAAUUCAUUCAAACAAAGUUCUCGGCCUUCACAAGUUUGCAAAAAACAUCGCAGAACCAACAGCGUCUGACACAUAUUUGGCCACCUAUGACAUCGUGCGCGGAGACACGAUCAAGAAGCGUGUCCUCGACUCAAAUACCAUUUUCCGGAAGAACGAGGCAAGUGAUCGCGCGCGCCAGAUCUUGAUAAACGUCCAGUAUGACACUGCGCGCAUGCGUACCGUGCUGAACAAGCAUUUAAAAGCCAAGAUUAUAUGUCCUAUUUUUGUUGCAAUGUAUAUGUUUUUUCUAAUUGAGGGACAGGUCGAAUAGGAUGAUGGGUGCCUACGCGGACGACAGGGUGUUCUCACUCGAAUU